UGCAUCUUCAGUCAAGAAUCGGGAGACCCACCUGCUAGACGUCCCGUUCCAUUCUUUCCCGUCUCGGCCAUGGCUCUGAUUCUGCUUCUAGCGACGACAAUCUUUCUGGCGCCUGCCUUCGCCAGACCAGAAGACAGCUUCAAUCUCGACGGUUACAAGUUCAGUUACACCACGCUGGACGGCAGCUCCCGGUACGAGUCGGGCUCUCUGAGGAACCGCGGCUCCGAGGACGAGGAACUGGUGGUGCAGGGGCAGUUCUCGUGGGUGGACCCAGCCGGCGGGCUGCACCGCUUCCGCUACAUCGCCGACAAGAGCGGCUACCACGCCACAGAGGUGUCCGGUGACCGGAGCAGGCCUUCCCCUGUCACCUCCAAUGCCGAAAUUCAGGUCACUCCCUUUUCGGGCCCCGGACUGUCCAUCAGGGGGGCCCUGGCUGGUUGAACGUGCAUUCUCAAGUAACUGACAUUUGCGAACAGAGGCGUACUAAUCAAAACUCUCGAGACUAAUACCAUGCAGCUCUAUACUAACAAUACAGACGAGAGAGUGAAAAAAUAACCUAGCAGAAAGAGGUGUGACUACAAACAAAUAAAUAAUAUAUAUAAAGCCAGUUCUACUAACCCACGUCAAUCAGAGAUGGAUCACAUAAAUGGGGUUGGAUCUUAUGGAACAAAGUAUAUAUGGAGAACAACCAGUGAUAUGGGGUAAGGAGGGAAGAAACACAAAUGUUGUACGUUUCAUAAUUCUAGCACUACACACCAUAUGCUGCACUGUCAUCUGACUGCACACGAUAAUAUCAACAAUAGUGGACCACAAUAGCUCCCAUGGUAUAACAGUAUUUAUGCCUCAGUGCACUGUGGUGUGACCACAUUGUUUUACAUAUGCAGUUGCCACUGUAGUCAUCAGGGUAUCAGUUUCCUAUCCUUGAUGAUGGCGACUACAAUGUUAACAGAAACAUCGGCGAAUCUUUUCUCUUUCGACGCAGCUAAAAAACCCACAAGAAACAUCAAUGUCGAAGAAAGCCUGCAAUCCAUAUUAACUUGGAUUUGUGUGUUAUACCCGCAGCUACGCUGCACCGGACGGCAGCUCCCGAUACGAGUCGGGCUCGCUGAGGAACCGCGGCUCCGAGGACGAGGAGCUGGUGGUAGAGGGGGAGUUCUCGUGGGUGGACCCAGCCGGCGGGCUACACCGCUUCCGCUACGUCGCCGACAAGAGUGGCUACCACGCCACAGAGGUGUCCGACGACCCGGGCAGGCCCCCCAUCGCCUUCACUGCCGCGCCAGAGUUCACGACACUCAAGCAGCCCCCAAACCUGAAGCCCAUCAUGACCCUUUCGAGCCCCGGACUGUCCAUCAGGGGGGCCCUGGCUGGUUGAACGUACAUUUACAAGGAACAGACAUUUGCGAACAGAGGCGUACUAAUCAAAACUCUCGAGACUAAUUAAAUACAGCUCUAUACUAACAAUACAGACGAGAGAGUGAAAAAAUAACCUAGCAGAAAGAGGUGUGACUACAAACACACGAUAAUAGAUAAGGCCAGUUAUACUAACACACGUCAACACAUAUGGAUCACGUAAAUUGAGUUGGAUCUUACGGAACAAAGUAUCUAUGGGGACAGUCGAGUGAUAGGGGGUGGGGUAAGAAGGGAAGGAACACUAAAUGCUGUAUCAUAAUUCUAGCACAGCGCACCAUUAGCUGCACUGUCAUCUGACUCUGCUCACAAUAAUUUCCACGAUAGUGUACCACAAUAGCUACCACAGUAUUCCAUAAUAGCUACCAUAGUAUACCAGUGCACUGUAGUACUGUCCACACUGUUUUUAUAUAUGUAGUAAAGCAAUGUUACGGUCAACAUUGCAGUCCUCAUCAUCAGGGUAUCAGUUUCCUAUCCUUGAUGAUGGCGACUACAAUGUGAACAGAAACAUUGGCAAAUAUUUUCUCUUUCGACGCAGCUAAAACUCACAAGAAACCUCAAUGUCCACGGAAGCCUGCGAUCCAUAUUAACUUGUUUAUAUGCGAUGAUAUCCGCAGUUACACCACGCUGGACGGCAGCUCCCGGUACGAGUCGGGCUCUCUGAGGAACCGCGGCUCCGAGGACGAGGAACUGGUGGUGGAGGGGGAGUUCUCGUGGGUGGACCCAGCCGGCGGGCUGCACCGCUACCGCUACGUCGCCGACAAAAGUGGCUACCACGCCACAGAGAUGUCCGGCGACCUGGGCAGGCCCCCCGCUCCGACCAUCAGACCAGAGCUCUCUCCCUUUUCGAGCCCCGGACUGUCCAUCAGGGGGGCCCUGGCUGGUUGAACGUGCAUUCUCAAGGAAAUGACAUUUGCGAACAGAGGCGUACUAAUCAAAACUCUCGAGACUAAUACCAUGCAGCUCUAUACUAACAAUACAGACGAGAGAGUGAAAAAAUAACCUAGCAGAAAGAGGUGUGACUACAAACAAAUAAAUAAUAUAUAUAAAGCCAGUUCUACUAACCCACGUCAAUCAGAGAUGGAUCACAUAAAUGGGGUUGGAUCUUGUGGAACAAAGUAUCUAUGGAGAACAACCAUUGAUAUGGGGUAAGGAGGGAAGGAACACAAAUGUUGUACGUUUCAUAAUUCUAGCACUACACACCCUAUGCUGCACUGUCAUCUGACUGCAUACGAUAAUAUCAACAAUAGUGUACCACAAUAGCUCCCAUGGUACAACAGUAUUUAUACCUCAGUGCACUGUAGUGUGACCACAUUGUUUUACAUAUGCAGUCGCCACUGCAGUCAUCAGGGUAUCAGUUUCCUAUCCUUGAUGAUGGCGACUACAAUGUUAACAGAAACAUCGGCGAAUCUUUUCUCUUUCGACGCAAUUAAAACCCAAAAGAAGUCUCAAUAUUCACGAAAGUGUGUGAUUCAUAUUAACUUUUUUGUGUUUGUUGAUACCCGCAGCUACGCUGCACCGGACGGCAGCUCCCGGUACGAGUCGGGCUCGCUGAGGAACCUCGGCUCCGAGAACGAGGAACUGGUGGUGGAGGGGGAGUUCUCGUGGGUGGACCCAGCCGGCGGGCUGCACCGCUACCGCUACGUCGCCGACAAGAACGGCUACCACGCCACAGAGGUGUCCGGCGACCAGGGCAGGCCCCCCUUCGCCACCACCACCGCACCCGAGCUCACUCCCCUUUCGGGUCCCAUUUCGGGUACCCUUUCGGGCCCCGGACUGUCCAUCAGGGGGGCCCUGGCUGGUUGAACGUGCAUUCUCAAGGAACAGACAUUUGCGAACAGAGGCGUACUAAUCAAAACUCUCGAGACUAAUUAAAUACAGCUCUAUAUACCAACAAUACAAGCGAGAGAGUGAAAAAUAACCUAGCAUAAUAAUAGAUAAGGCCAGUUCUAGUAACACACCUAAACAGAGAUUGAUCACGUAAAUGGAGUAGGAUCUCACGGAGCUAAGUAGCUACAACGGCUUGCAUGCGGACCCGAUGCUCGGCAAUGCCCACUUUUACAUUUACGUUGCUCCAUGCAGCCAAUAGAAGCAGAGUAUUUGGCCAUGGUGGUAGCCACGCUUGUUUGCUUUUAAAAACAAUUAAAAUUUUAUUCAAUCACUAGAAACAUUAAUGUGGCCAAUUUGUAUUGUUAUGUCCUGCCUUUGUUUUGUUCUCGGAUAUAAUUUUUUUUUUAAAUUAAUUUUUCCUUACCAUAAAGUUUAAUCUCAUUGGGUUCAGUUUCUUAAGUUUCCAUACAAUGUGGAAUUGACAGACGGAUGAUAAAACGUAAAUAUCUUGCAGGUCCAGAUAUGUUACAAUUUUUACGUUUAAGUGUCGUAGAAUGGACCUAGAUUGUUAAAUACACAUUAUUAAUAGUUAACUUUUAUUUAUGAAAUUCAAAACACUGGAAGUUUACUUUCUCUCAUAAUCACUUUAAUAAUUAUAAAAAUGGUUUUUCUGUAUCGGACUGACGUGACAAGAAUACCAGAUUUAAACAAGGAAACAAGUUGGAGCUGUCAGGGUAUUAGUCUCUAGUGUACUUGGUACUAAUGUUUUCUCAAGAGGAACACAAAUUUCACUGAUAUGGAGUACUUCACACAAAUAAUCAGCAUUCGUGUAUCUUUGCAAUUCUUUUUUUAUUAUUAUUGUGAAAGUAAAAUGUAAUUUAGAGAAGCACGUGAAAUGGGUCAGUUUCAGGCCAAUGCAGUAAGUACAAAGCACGCAAGCACCAUUUGGGAAGGGGAGAGAGGGUCUCUUCUUCAUAAACUUUCCCUUAUCCCAUGUGAUUUACCAGAAUGCAUAGUAUGAUUUCCCACACACCCCUAUACCUUUCCCCCUCUUAGGGAUAGCCACCAGGCGCAGUGGCAGGUUCCUCCUCCAUCCAUUAUUAAUUACAGUAGUCUUGACAUCGUUCCGGGCUGCGCCCUUUUGAGCCCGAUGUGCCACCACCUCUUCCCUUACACGCUGCGAGCACCCUAAUUCUACCACCACCCUCUACGACCACCCGCCGAAGUGUGUGUGUGCGUGUGUCGGCCCACGCCCGCCGGUGUGACGUCAGUACUCCGCUCCCGAGAGUUGCCGAGCGAAGACGAACAGGCAGUGAGUCGCGAGUGCUGCGAGAGGAAGGAGCUUCAUGCACCUGUCGUCGUUCUCGGAGGUUUUUCAGUGAUACAGGGGGAAACGGGCAUCGCCACACACGGGCUACGUCACGGCCCUGGGAACAGAGUAGCCGCGUCCACAUGCCCGUUAUACAUAUGUGGUGGCGCCCUAGGAUUCGUCGGACACUUAAACCCCCAUUGUGGUAGCCGUCUCUAGAGGGUGGCGUGCAUUAGCAUAUGUUCUACACUUCCCAUUUCUACCCCUCCCUGGCAUACUUAAAGAUGCAUUUGGAGCAGAUACCCUCGACCCUCAGGGUCUCCCAUGGCCGUCAUCCCUAACGAUCCAUCAGUCCUCCUCCAUCCCCUCUACUCGAGAGUAUAGUUGAAGGGUGACUGAGGUUGCAGAAACCCCUAUGCGAUGCAGUGGCUGGAAAUGUAGGGAAUAGAGGCUGUGGAAUGGGAGGAGUUACAUAAUUAUAACUCCAGCAAAAGUUUGGUUUUUUCUUCAGAGGAUAAAUUUUUACAUAUCAAGAUAAUUGUAACCUAAAUGACAUGUGUUAUGUUAGUUUAUCUGCAACCAAAACAAUCUAUGGUUUUUUAAAUUAAUGAAGUUUAGCAAAACAAUGUUUAUUUUUAUUCAAAACAUAAAAUUCAGUUGUGUUUGGAAUUGAUUGGGGGUUUGACUUCAUUUCAGUUAAUUUUAUGCUUCCCUUUUCAUUAUUGCUUAGUUUCACUCAACAUUGUUUUUUUUUUUGUGGGCGUGGAAAAAAAGGGGGGGGGGGGGUGUUGCAACACAGGAAUUUCAGUAUAUUAAGUUACAAUGUUUAAAGCGUAACUAGAAUAAACUAAGGGUUCUUCAGUUCCAGAUAACUGUAAUCUUUCUGAAAUUACAGUAGAUUCACACUUCCCAGUUCUGAGUUCCCUUGUAAUCAGGAGGAACAGACUUCAAAAGUUUGUGAAAGGUUUUACUAGAUGAACUGUGCUUUGUUAAAAACAAAAAUAAAAUAUAAACUGAAUUUUUAACAGUAACCUAGGUACUCAAAUUCUGUGAUAUUGUGGGAUAGUUUAGCUUACCCCCUUCUUUUCCCCCUUCAAGUACAAUCAGAAAUACCCAUGUAACAAAUACGCUUACUGCAGAGACUAACGAAUAUAUGCCAACAUGUUUGACAAGAAAAAAAAAAUGUUUUAAUACCCAUGUAACAAAUACGCUUACUGCAGAGACUAACGAAUAUAUGCCAACAUGUUUGACAAGAAAAAAAAAUGUUUUAACACUAAUAGGCUACUUAAGUUCUCUAGAAUGUACUGUGUGAUAGUUUGUGCUUAAUGUAUUAAAAAUGUUCUAAAUGCAAUUUAAUAAAAUAGUAUUUUCCA